GUUUUGCAUUGAUUAUCUGACAUCUGGCACUCCAGCAUCCUUGUGUAGCCAUUGCCAAGCGUAGUGAAAUAGACAAUUUCACUUCUUUUCGUAAACGUGUUUAGCCGGCUGAGAGCUCCCUUACAAGAUGCCCCUCGCACGUGAUUUGUUGCAUCCUACUCCGGAAGAGGAGCGCAGGCGGCACAAGCUGAAGCGUUUGGUUCAACAUCCCAACAGUUAUUUCAUGGAUGUCAAGUGCCCUGGCUGUUACAAGAUCACCACGGUUUUCUCCCAUGCACAGACUGUUGUGGUGUGUGCUGGCUGCUCAGCAGUGUUGUGUCAACCAACUGGUGGACGAGCCAGGUUGACUGAAGGCUGCUCUUUCCGCAGGAAACAACAUUGAAGAAAUAUGCAGUUUGGCCUGGCUGCACCUUAUUGUACUUCAUCUAAGAUACCAUUCAUAUGUAAAGAGUGAAUACAAGUUGCAUUGUCAAGGC